CAGUGGAUCCUUUGCCUCCAGGACCCAUUAAGGUGAGAAUAACAUCUAUAGCCUAAAAUUACAAAGCAGUCAUGGAUAUGGCGUAUGACCCAUUCAAUGGGAGCCAGCCAUGGCUUUCCUCUCCAUUUGACCUCAAUGGCUCCGGGGCGGCAGCCAACAGCUCAAACCAGACAGAGCCGUACUAUGACCUGACCAGCAACGCCGUCCUCACGUUCAUAUAUUUUGUGGUCUGCAUCAUUGGGCUGUGUGGCAACACGCUUGUCAUUUAUGUCAUCCUUCGCUAUGCCAAGAUGAAGACCAUCACCAACAUUUACAUCCUCAACCUGGCCAUCGCAGAUGAGCUCUUCAUGCUGGGUCUGCCCUUCUUGGCCAUGCAGGUGGCUCUGGUCCACUGGCCCUUCGGCAAGGCCAUUUGCCGGGUGGUCAUGACUGUGGAUGGCAUCAAUCAGUUCACCAGCAUUUUCUGCUUGACAGUCAUGAGCAUUGACCGAUACCUGGCUGUGGUCCACCCCAUCAAGUCGGCCAAGUGGAGGAGACCCCGGACAGCCAAGAUGAUCAACGUGGCUGUGUGGGGACUCUCUCUGCUGGUCAUCCUGCCUAUCAUGAUAUACGCUGGGCUUCGGAGCAACCAGUGGGGGAGAAGCAGCUGCACCAUUAACUGGCCAGGUGAAUCUGGGGCAUGGUACACAGGCUUCAUUAUCUACGCCUUCAUCUUGGGCUUCCUGGUACCCCUCACCAUCAUUUGUCUUUGCUACCUGUUCAUUAUCAUCAAGGUGAAGUCCUCUGGAAUCCGAGUGGGUUCCUCCAAGAGGAAAAAGUCCGAGAAGAAGGUCACCCGGAUGGUGUCCAUCGUGGUGGCUGUCUUCAUUUUCUGCUGGCUCCCCUUCUACAUAUUCAAUGUCUCCUCGGUCUCCGUGGCCAUCAGUCCCACCCCGGCCCUAAAAGGCAUAUUUGACUUUGUGGUGGUCCUCACCUAUGCCAACAGCUGUGCCAACCCCAUCCUGUAUGCCUUCUUGUCUGACAACUUCAAGAAGAGCUUCCAGAAUGUCCUCUGCUUGGUCAAGGUGAGCGGCACAGAUGACGGGGAACGGAGCGACAGUAAGCAGGACAAAUCCCGACUGAACGAGACCACAGAGACCCAGAGAACCCUCCUCAAUGGAGACCUCCAGACCAGUAUCUGAACUGCCCGAAGAACAGAUGAAUCGAACGCACUCUGCCCACUGGCGGCGUGCACCCUACCCCCACCCGCUCUCCUCCCGCCCAUCACACCUGGCUUCUAGAAUACGAAUUUGUGCGGCAUGGGUUCAGUCAGAGAACAGCGUCUGAGUCGGCUUGUCUGAGCGAAUGAUAUGCAUUAAACUGAUUUACUCCCCUUUAAAGCGAACGUUUAAAUUCAGCCAGACAAUUCACAGUCUGGAAAAGAGGCGACCAUGCCUGGAUAUGACCCUUUGA